CUUGUCCUUCCCUAAAACGAACCAUCGUUGUAUCCGUCGACCAGGAUGAACUUGUUCCAGCCCCGGAAUAAGGAAAAUUCCCCAGACGAUGAUCAAGUUACAUUAAUUGGAAGUUUUGCGGAUAUCAUUGCCCAGGGCGUGUCGUGGAAGGAUUUCUUCCGAGCGUGUGUCCCGCCGAGGAUCGUGUGGACGUCGGUAGACUGCUGCUGCCUCACGGACCAAUCCCAAGCCCCCAUCGACCACAAUUAUGCGGUUGAUCUCGUUGUCCAAGUCCCGUCGAUUGACAGCAAGCAGGUUCUCCAUAUAUCGGCCCAGAAUGCGCAAGCCGCCGUGGGUACCCUUGCCGGUUUGUUGUUGCUCUUGGCGAACGGCAAGGACGAACUCGAACUCACGUUCCAAAGUUUCGCGACGCAACCGAGACAUCCCUUUCCCCCUUUGGCCAGCGACACGGGGCUCGCAACGGUAUUGUCCGCCAAGCACAAGAUUGUCGCUGUGCGGUUGCAGUUUGUGGACGUGGAUGAUUCGACCUGCCAGCUGCUGGCCAAAACGAUACCGCGGAUGGAGUAUCGACAGUGCACCGUAGAGGGACUGCAUCAGGCCGUCGCGUCCAACCAAUGUCCCUCCAAACUUACCAUAAGCUGCACUCUGCAAGAGUUCGCCAAGUUUGGUACGGGACUGGGUGGAAAUUCGGUCGUCCGAAGCAUGGACUUGUUGCUGCACUUUUGGCUACAGGGAGAGCCAUUGCACGAUUUCUGUAGAGGUCUAGAACACAAUCUUGGCUUGGAAACACUCGUCAUCCGCUAUCUCGAUAUUAAUGAUGAUGGCUGGACUAUGCUGUUUCACGCACUACGGUUCCACCCUACCCUGCAGACGCUCUGUUUGCAAUUUACCGACGACUUUGUGGACAACUUUCGUAGGUUGACACCGGAGCGUCGGACGCAACGGACGCAAGUAGUUCUGGACUUUUUGGAGGAAAACCGCGUUAUUCAAAAUGUUACGUGGCCUAUCUUCCAGCAAGAUCAAGAGCUUAUGGACGACAUUAAGAGUCGACUCGAACGCAAUCGUGGAACUGGGGAAGAGCGGGAGCACUCGUAA